AUGUUCAAGCGUUCUCUAACAAGUGUAGUUCAAAUCGGUGUUGUACUCGGAAGAAGAUCCAUGAUAACAACAGCAAGGGGACGUGUGAAAUUUUAUCCAGUGGUGGCAAAUAAUAUGAGUCGUACUGUUAGUAUUUUUCAGAAGAGGUUUGUGGAAUCCUCGACAGACGGACAAGUUGUGCCUCAAGAAGUGUUAAACUUAUCGCAUGAAAAAUACCACGAAGAGGCAGACGAAUACUUGAACGAUUUACUAGACAAUCUAGAAGAGCUAAGUGAGGCUCACCCAAAUUGCAUACCUGAUGUAGAAUUGAACCAUGGGGUAAUGACAUUGGAAGUACCGGCCUUUGGAACGUAUGUAAUAAACAAACAACCUCCGAAUAAGCAAAUUUGGCUAGCAUCUCCGUUGUCCGGGCCUAACAGAUUUGACCUUCUCAAUGGGGAGUGGGUUUCGCUAAGAAACGGCACAAAGCUAACGGAUAUACUUACCGAAGAGAUUGAGAAAGCUAUCGCCAAGAGCCAAUAA